CACUAAUCCAAAUAGGUCAGAGUUGAAAAGUUCGUUUUGGCGCCCGAGUGUGAAACUGUUUCCGGAAUGGACUGCAGAUAAAAGUGAAAACAGAUAUUUCCAUCACUCCAUCCAACUUGUGGUAGCAUGUGGUAAAACAACUUUGCUAGCAAACACCAAAUAUCAUGGAAGGGGCUGUGCAACCACCACCAGUUAGUGUGCAACCCAUGGAAGAAGCUGUGCAACCACCGCCAGAUACUGUGCAACCUCAGUUGCCACCCAAAGAUAAAGAAACAUCAUCAAGAGAUGACGAUACAGCCUCAUAUGUGCUUCCCGUCAACAGAACUGACCCAGCCAUGGCAAUUCUUACUCACCCUCCAGCAGACACUCCAGAACUGGACAGCACUUCUCGGGAAGACAAUGCAGCAAUUUCCACAAGUGAAACUGCUGACGUGCAACUCGUGUCAAAGGUAGAAGACCCCCAAGUAACUCCAACAGUAAGUGUGGAGAACGCUGACCAAAUCACUGUCCCCACAUCAGACAAUCAGUCGACCACAGAAAGUUCUGAGAAGACAUCAGAGGCAAGUGAUAUUCCUCCAUCUGUGCCAGAAAACGUUCCCCACAAUCCCACCCUUCCUCCUGCAAGCGAUGGUUCCAGUAUUGGUGAUGUCACAUCAAAUCAGAAUGAAGGCGACGAUUUCCAAAAUGACGACAACAGAAAGCAGCAGAAGAAAACUGGAAAAAAGGGCAGAAAAAAGAAGAACGUUACUCCCACAGGGGCUGGGAGGGGCGGGGGAAAUCAUCAGUCACUUCAAGAAGCAAUGAAGAAAGGAAGGAAGGCAAGAAAGGCUGAAGCAGAAUUUGACCUCCCAGACUUGAGUGGACUCAGCCUGGAGGAGAGGGUCGUACCAACAGGGACGGGGGUGGUGUUCGAUGAGAGAAUGGCUGAUUAUCACUGUCUGUGGGAGGACCUGAGUGACUGUAAGGCUGAACGGCCAACAAGGUUCACUGAGACGCUGAAAUUACUGCGACAGAGAGGCUUGGUGGACAGAUGUGUGGCCAUCCCCUCCCGCCCUGCCACUAGAGACGAGAUCCUGAGUAUCCACUCCGAAGAUCUCCUGGGGAAGCUGGAGAGCAGUGUUACUAUGGAAAUGGACCAGCUAAGGCAGCUCUCAGAGACUUUUGAAGAUGUAGCCAUACACCCCAAGUCUUUUGACUCUGCCCUUCUGUCCUCUGGCUGUGCCCUUCAACUUAUGGACCAAGUUCUCACCGGGAAAGUACGCAACGGAAUGGCCGUUGUACGUCCGCCCGGUCAUCACGCUGACCGCGACGCAUCCUGCGGCUACUGCCUCUUCAACACCGUCGCUAUCGCUGCCAAACAAGCGUUGACCAAGUACGGCUUGGACAGGGUCCUGAUUGUUGACUGGGAUGUCCACUUCGGGAACGGAACCCAGGACCUUUUCUACGACGAUCCGCGGGUUCUCUUCUUCUCUAUACACAGAUACGAGCACACAGAGUACUGGCCACACAUGGAGAGGGCCAACUACAACUUUGUUGGGAGGGGGGCAGGUAAAGGCUACAACGUGAACGUGCCAUGGAACAAGACGGGGCUGGGAGAUCCAGACUACAUCGCUGCAUUUCAGCAGGUUCUAAUGCCCAUGGCGUAUGAAUUUGCGCCCCAGCUCGUGCUGGUUUCCGCUGGGUUUGACUCAGCGGCAGGAGACCGUAUGGGAGACAUGGUCCUUAUGCCCAUGACGUAUGAGUUCGACCCUCAGUUGGUUCUGGUAUCGGCUGGUUUUGACUCAGCUGCCGGUGAUCCAAAAGGAGAAAUGAACACCACCCCGGCUGCUUAUGCACACCUCCUACACAUGCUGAAAGGUCUUGCUGAGGGCAAAGUUUGUGCCAUCAUGGAGGGAGGGUACAACAUACAGACGUUGUCGGAGUGUGUAGCCAUGUGUGUGGAAACUCUGUUGGGAGACCCCUGUCCGCCCCUCCCCCCACUUCACCCUGACCCCAGCUCCAUGGAGACAUUACUGAAUGUCCUCGGGGUUCACCGUAAAAGUUGGAAAUGCUUCCAGUACCAGGUUUCAAAAGAUACUUUGACCAGUGAGGAAGGCCAGCUUCCACAAACAUCUGAAGACGUGGCCCACUGGAGAUCUGUUGAAAGGGGCACCUGUGCAUCAGGACGUGAGGUGGGUCUGGUGUAUGAUGAGGCUAUGACAAACCAUGUAAACAUCUGGUUCCCUGGCCACCCUGAACAGCCAUACAGGAUACGCAGGAUCAUGCAGGCACUGGACAGGCACAGGCUACAGGACAGGUGUGUUAAGUUGGAGUCCAGACUGGCUACAGAAGAAGAGCUGUUGUACCUGCACACGUCUGAACACCUGCAGCUGAUGCAGGAGACAGCUGAGAUGACACCACGACAGUUGAACCGAACACAGGCAGACUUCAACUCCAUCUUUCUGUGUAACGAGACAUACAAGUGUGCCUGUCUAGCGGCAGGGUGUUCCAUGAACGCCGUGGAGUCCGUGGUCACCGGGAGUGUACGCAGUGCCGUCGCUGUGGUCCGACCCCCGGGUCAUCACGCCGAGGUGGACAAACCGUGCGGCUUCUGCAUCUUCAACAGCGCGGCGCUGGCAGCACGCUACGCACAGAGGAGGCUGGGGGUGGGCAGGGUCCUGAUACUGGACUGGGAUAUCCACCAUGGUAACGGCACACAACACAUGUUUGAGGAGGACCCAACAGUGCUCUACAUUUCUAUACACAGGUUUGACAAUGGAACAUUUUUCCCUGGGAGUCCUGAUGCAGACUGUACAGUGGUGGGGAGCGGCCCGGGGGAGGGGUUCACUGUCAACGUGCCCUGGAGCAGGGGGGGCAUGGGGGACCCUGAGUACAUGGCUGCUUUUCAACAGGUUGUGAUGCCAAUAGCGUACGAAUAUUCUCCCGAGCUGGUGAUCGUAUCAGCGGGAUUUGACGCGGCGAGGGGGGACCCCCUGGGACACUGUGACGUCACCCCCUCCGGCUACGCACACAUGACCCACAUGCUGAGCAGCCUGGCAGGGGGGCGGGUCGUACUACUGCUGGAGGGGGGGUACAACCUGUCCUCCAUCUCCGAGUCUAUGUCGGAAUGUACCAAAAUCUUCCUGGGGGACCCUUGUCCUCCAUUUGAGUACUCCCCUCCAUGUGAAGAGGCAGUGAAGUCAAUUUUGAGCACCCUCCAUGUUCACCAGAAGUACUGGAGAAGUCUGGCAUUCCAAGUUGAUGUAGGGACCAACGACAGUGGCAGUGAUGAUAGUAGUAACAACUCUGGUACUGCUGGCACAGAGAUAGAACCUAACAGACCAGAAUCAACAGACCUUGAUCUUAAGAUGGAACAGCUCAGUAUUUCUGGGGAAGGAAAGGACAAUCAGAAUACGGCUGAGGUGAUCGAAGAGAAGAGACCAGAAGAGACGGAGGGUGAUACAGCAGCGCCUCCUAUCCAUGAUCAUCUACAACUGCAGCCCUCAGACAACAUUGCUGGUCAAGAUCAACUAGCAUCACAUUCACCUCCAGAGUAAGAGAAUCAUCUAC